AUGGCUCAGUCUGAGCUGUUCGUGACGAGAGCGUCUCCUGUGGAGUCGAGACCCGUGGAGCUGGAUGUCCUGGGCUUCCUGGAACGAUUCGGGGAGGAAAACAGCACGGCUGAGAGAUGCUACCGCUCGCACUCCCACAGCAGCGUCCUCCAGGGUCUACCGUUUGGUGGGGUGCCCACGGUCCUGGCCAUCAAUGUAGUGAUCUGGAUGUUUUUAUUGCUCAUCUUUUCCUGUCUGAGGAAGGCUGCUUGGGACUACGGCCGGCUGGCUCUACUGAUGGAGAAUGACAGUCUCACAUCCCUGUUUUAUGGAGAACCAAGUGAGAAAGAGAAGUCCCCUUCAGAAUCCAGUCCCUCCGACUCUGAGACGAAGGACAUGGGCUUCUGCUCGUGGCUUUCAUCUCUUUACCAAAUGAAGGAUGAGGAGAUCCGUAGCAAAUGUGGCAUUGAUGCCGUGACAUACUUGUCCUUCCAGCGCCACAUUAUCCUGCUCAUGACGGUGGUUUCUCUGCUGUCCUUGGCCGUAAUCCUGCCGGUCAACAUUUCCGGGAACCUUUUGGGAGACAGUCCUGAAAACUUUGGAAGAACCACACUGGCGAAUGUUAGUGCAAAGGACAGCUUUCUGUGGCUGCACAGCGUCUUUGCUCUGGUUUACUUCAUUAUCACGUUGCUGUGUAUGGCUCACCAUUGGCUGCAGCUGGAAUACAGAGAAGACGAGAAGGUAGCCAGGACACUGAUGAUUACCUCCAUACCCAGGGAGAUCUCUGACCCAGGACUCAUCACUAAACACUUCCAUGAGGCCUAUCCAAGCUGCACUGUCACUGACAUCCGGUUCUGCUUUGACGUUCACAAGCUAAUGAGGCUGGACUUGGAGAGGCGCAAGGCAAUGAAAGGCAGGCUGUAUUUUGCCACAAAGGCUCAAAAGGAGGGAAAAAUCAUGAUCAAGACUCAUCCGUGUGCUCAGAUCUUCUGCUGUGACAUAUGCGGCUUUGAAAAGGUUGAUGCAGAGCAAUACUACAGCGAAUUAGAAGAGAAGCGGACAGAUGAGUUUAAUGCUGAGAAGAACCGCAUCUCCAUGAAGAGGUUGGGCAUCGCCUUCGUGACCUUUCGUGAUGAGAGGAUGACUGCCGUCAUUGUGAAGGACUACAGUUGCGUGAACUGUCGACGGAGACCCCAGCAGUCCAGCAUCACCACUGUGGUGCAGUCACACAAAUGGGGCAUCAACUACGCACCCGCUCCAAGCGAUAUUAUAUGGGAAAACUUGUCAGUGUGUGGAUCUCGGUGGUGGCUCCGCUGUGUCCUCCUCAACAUCCUCCUCUUCCUGCUGCUCUUUUUCUUCACCACUCCUGCCAUCAUUGUCAAUACCAUGGACAAGUUCAACGUCACAAGGCCUGUGGAGAGUCUGAGGAGCCCAGUCAUUACCCAGUUCUUCCCGACCCUUCUUCUGUGGGCGUUUUCAGUGCUUCUGCCCUUCAUCGUCUACUACUCCGCCUUCUUUGAGUCCCACUGGACCAGAUCUGGUGAGAAUCAAGUAACGAUGCACAAGUGUUUUUUCCUGCUGGUCUUCAUGGUCAUCAUCCUGCCUUCACUUGGUCUGUCCAGUCUUGACCUCUUGUUCACCUGGCUCUUUGACGUCAACUUCCUGGAAGAAAAGGAUGUAAAAUUUCAGUGCGUGUUUCUUCCCGACAACGGUGCAUUUUUUGUAAACUAUGUCAUUACAUCCAGUUUGAUUGGCACAGCUAUGGAACUGCUUCGUAUCCCGGCACUGACGGUGUACGCACUUCGCCUCUGCUUUUCAAAAUCCCAAGCUGAGCGGAUUCAUGUCAAACGGAGUCAAGCUUAUGAGUUCCAGUUUGGCCUUGAGUACGCCUGGACCAUGUGUAUCUUUGCUGUUAGUAUGACCUACAGCAUCACGUGCCCCAUGAUUACACCCUUUGGUCUGCUCUAUGCGAUCUUGAAGCACAUGGUUGAUCGAUACAACAUCUAUUAUGCUUAUGUUCCCACCAAACUCAACCAGCGGAUCCACAGAGCCGCCGUUAGCCAAGUUAUCGUGGCUCCCAUUCUCUGCAUGUUCUGGCUGCUCUUCUUCUCUGUGCUACGAUUAGGUCCAGUGCAUCCAAUCACCCUCUUCACUUUAGCGUCCCUGAUCUCCUGUAUUGUCUGUUAUCUCUUCCGCUUGUGCCUUAGGAAGCAACCAGACAAGUCAACAAGCUACCAGAUGUCUGAUCAGCCAGUAGAGGGGACGCUCACUGAUGCAGACAGGAGUGCUGUAACAUCCACCACUGCCUCCAGUCUUUUUGUGGCGUCCGUGUUGCUGGAGCCAGAGCUGGCUUUGACUCCGAUGCCCUCCCCAGCCCACCACAGCUAUGGCGCCAUGGCCAGCUCCCAGAGUUCAAGCCGUGGGCCAGCAGAGGAAGAAGAAGGAGAGGAAGAACACGCCCAGACCCAUGAGACUGAGCUCCAAGACCCCCCCCUCUACUGCUCCACCACACUCAUGGACAGCCCCAAAGCAUACCAGUAACACCAAAUUCCCCCCAAACUGAUUUUUAUGUGUCCUUCAGCUGAAGAACACAGAUUACUAAAUGCCGCAGUGCUGCGUUUUCACCACUGACCUCAGACUCCAACUACGCUGCUGCCUCGAACCCUGAGACUAGACUGUGCUUGCUAGAAAGGGUGAAGAGCCUAAAGAGUAAAGGAGCUUGAGAAUACAGGAGCCAAAUACUCAUGAACAUCACAGUUACAGAAGGAAGCCAUUUGCCAAAACACUCCACUGAACCAAUCAGACACAGCUCAACAGCUAAGCUAAAUGUACAGAUUCUUUUAGCUAAAUGAUAAGAUGCUGAUUCGGACUCGGUCUUCUUCUACGGCUUCAUUUGCAAAUUAAAAAGGUUACAAGUAAUGCAGACUGGCAUUGAACUGCCUUUGGGUUUCUAUCAGAGAUACUCUAUCCAUCCUGUGUCACUUGGUAAUGAGUGGAGGUGAAAAGUUCCCAUCAGAGUGGGUGGUGUGAGCAGGCUUGCCCCGACAGACUGACAGAGGGGUUUGGGCAUGGGUGAUAUGUGGUUCCUCUACAGCAGAGCUCGGCGAGGGUGAGGGCAGCUAAUUGUGAAGCCAUCUGCAGUGAGAGAGCAAACAGACGGACGGAGGGCCCAGUGUAACUUAGAGAUGUACUGUAAUAUAUGUGCACUCUGAUACAGGCACAGGCAGCUUGAAUGAACCUGAAGCUUGUUGUAACUAUUAUCAAUUUAAGGUUGCUAUUUUUGCUACAGUAUUUUUGGUGUCAUUGAUAUUGUGCUUUGGGGGGUGGGAGGAAUUGAGAUUGGUGACGGAUUUGCAAAGAUGUCCCAUCUGAUUCAAAAACUUACCUAAUUACAUUGAUGCGACUGUAUAUAUGGUCUAAGUGGAAUAGUUUGAGCUUUUGGGAAAUGUGCUUAUCUAUUUUCUUGCCUGCGGUUUGGUGAGAAAAUAAGGAACUACUGCGUAGCAUGCAGCCUGUUAGCUUAGCUUAACACAGACUGGAAACAGAAAGAAAUGACUAGCCCAGAGAUUGUAGUUGUGUCCAAAAUUAUUCUGUCAUUUGUCACGCUGUCCUCUCUAUAUUGAGGAAUGCUAUGUAGAGGACUUUGAGGAGGCAAAAUACUGAGAUGUAUUUUCAUAUAAAUCCAUAAACGGUUAAAUUUUAUUCAUACAGCACCAGUUCACAACAGCAGUCCUCACAUGGCACUUUCUAUUAUUAGAUAAAGAUGCUACAGAACCCCAACACCCCAACUGAGAACCACAACUGCCCUCAGUGGGGGGUAAAGAACUCCCUUUUUACAGGAAGAGACCUCCAACAGAACCAGGCUCAGGGAGGUGCAGCCAUUCACUGCACAGGUUGCGGGUUAGUGACCAUGGAUUGUACACUACUUUUUGUGAGGCAUAGUGAGAUUGUCUGAGUGCAUUAUAUAGGGCAUACAAAAUGGCAAACUCACUUUAUAGAUAGUGUUGCUAAGUCUUUGUGCUGUUACUGAAACAUGGGGACUUGAAACAUGGAGAAAGGGCUAGCCUACAGGCAGAAACAGUAACUUUGUGGGGUGUUGUUGCCAAGAAUCUUGUCUUUACUUGUGGACACACACACGGACACCCAAAUAAGUAGCCAUUCCUGUAAUAUUUCUUUCAAGUCCACCUGAAGAGUGCAUGUGUAGCAGGUGCAUUAUAGAGUGGAUGAGUCCAUUGUGAAAUUUAGAUCUCUUGUCCCCAAGGAGACCCUCUUAUACACUUGUGGACAUGAAAAUUGUAACACUGGUUGUGGAAAAGGGAAAAAUCAAUUCUUAGGUUUUAAAUAUCGGGACAUAAUAAAAAAAAAUUAUAUAGUCCUUAUAAGGCAUUUAAAUUAGGUAAAUACAACCCGAGAUGAACAAUAUGUGACAUAUUACACCAGUUUAUUUAUUUAAUAAAAACUAAGUCAAAAUGCAGAAGCAGUCCUCUAAAUAACGAAGUACCCCUCAUGAUUCAUUAGUGUGUAGAACCACCUUCAGCAGUAACUUGAAGUAAUUUUUUUCUGCAUGAGUCUGUGUCAGUCUCUCACAUCAUUGUGGAGAAAUUCUGGCCCACUCUUCAUAUUACUGCAGUUCAUUGAGAUUUGGAGGCAUUUGUUCUGAAGGACUUGUGGUUUGUUCAGAUGCAAUUUUGCAAACCUACAGUAAGCUGUGCAGCUAUAUUUUUUUAGAUAGUAGAGGCUUUCUCUAUGGCAGCACUUUCAAACAAGCCAUACUUGUUCAGCCUUUUUUUAAUUUAACUGUCAUGAACUUUACCAUUUAGCAUGCUAACUGAGUUUGUUUGGGGUUUUUUGCAUGGUCUGGCCUUGAGGUGAAUUUGCUGGGAUAUCCAUUUCUGGGAAGAUUGCCUAGAAUGUUUUCCACUUGUGAAUAAUUCUUUCUCUAAGAUCAUUGAUGUCUUUUUUCUCCUUGGCAAUGUGUUAGCACAAUGCUCCAGACCAGCAAACUGCCAGAACUCACACUUGCUGACGAUCAGUUAAUCAAGUGCAUUUGAUUAGCAGCACCUGGCUGUUACUUAACCCCCUAAGAAAGCAGUAAGGCUGUACUUUCACACACUGCUUCUGCAUUCGGCUUAACUUUUGUUAAAUAAGCCAGAGACAGCAGCUUUUUGAUGUGCUGUUGCAAAGUUAAGCUAACUUGCUAUGGUGCCAAUUUACAUCUAAGGGCAGGUAAAGUGUUUCGUAAAAUGUGAAGAUAUUCCUUUAAGUUGUGAAGAAAUUUGUACAAUAGAAGCAGAUCCUGGAAUUACAUCAUUUUCAAAAUACGCUGUGGAGUCUAUUUUCUGUCACUGCAGGAGAACAAUAUGUAAAUCUCCAGAGGACGUUAUUUGGUUCAGCGAAUUGUUUGAAAUACUGACACUAACUACAAUCUGUGUUCCAACUAAAGCCAUUAUAUUUGCAUAUAUUUAGUUGUGAAAAUUCAAACAAAACAAAGAUAGAAUAUUGUUAACAAAACGAUUCAAAAUCAUUUAUUAAAUUUAAUGUUUUUUUGGUGUUGCUCAGAUAUUUCUGUGCUAAAACAAAGUUUUGUUUUGUUGCAAAGACAAACAGUAAAAUAAAGCACUAUCAUACUGUUUUCAAUCAACAUAACUUAUGCUGUGUAACACUCCAGUGCAUGUUAAUUAUAUAUCAUCAAAAUCAGGUAUUUUAUUUCA